AUGGCCGCCCUGCCAUCACCCACGCAGGUGGAUCCAAAUGGAUGUGGACGAAUUGGAGCGAUGGAAGCUGCUAGAUUUCUUAAGAAAUCUCAGCUGAGUGAUGAUACACUAAGUAAGAUAUGGGACAUGGCAGAUCCACAAUCACGUGGAUCAUUAGAUAAAUCUGGUCUCUUUGUUGCUCUUAAACUUUGUGCAUUGGCUCAAGCAGGAAGAGAUCCUAGUAUGUCAAAUUUAAAUAUAGAAUUGCCACCUCCAAAAAUGGGUGAGAUUCCUGUAAUAACUCAAAAAAAUGUAGUAAAUGCUUUACCAGUAAUAACAUCUGUUAGUAAUGGAGAUUGGUCUAUUAAACCUUCAGAAAGAGCUAAAUAUGAUCAACUUUUUGAUAGUUUACAACCUUCAAAUGGAUAUAUACCUGGAAAUAAAGUAAAAAAUGUUCUUAUGGAUAGUAAGCUUCCUUUGGAUACACUUGUAAAGAUUUGGGAUCUUGCAGAUAUGGACAAAGAUGGUAUGCUGGAUAGACAUGAAUUUGUUAUUGCAGUACAUCUAGUAUGUAAAGCUUUAGAAAAAUAUGCUAUUCCAAGUGUACUUCCACCCGAGUUGAUGCCACCAGGAAAAAGGAAAGAUUCUAUAGCACCAGUUUCAAAAUCUCCAGUACCAUUGGGUGUAAUAACAACAGUUCCACCACCUAUUCCACCUUUACCUAAUGUACCUUCAGUGCAGAGUAUGGCUGGUUUAGAUACAGCAAAGACGAAUGUACAGUGGGUAGUUUCAUCUGAAGAUCAAAUAGCAGCAGACAAACUGUUUUUGCAAGCUGAUCUAGAUAUGGAUGGAUAUGUCUCAGGUAUUGAAAUCAAAGAUGUCUUCCUUCAACAUGGACUUCCACAGUCUGUGUUAGCUCGUAUAUGGAGUCUUUGUGAUAUAUGUCAAAGUGGAAAGUUAAAUAAGGAGCAAUUUGCUUUAGCCAUGUGGUUUGUUAAGCAAAAGCUUAGGGGUGUUGAGCCACCUGCAACUUUGAGUCCUGAUAUGGUACCACCUUCUAUGCGAAAACCAACUGAGGCUGUUGUGGAAAACAAUAAUGUAUCUGGUUAUUCAAAUCCAGAAUUGGACAUGAUAAGUAAUGACAUAGCAGAACUUGUUAGAGAGCGACAAAAUAUGGAACAAGACAUAGCGCAAAAAGAAGCUGAUAUUAAGAUAAAGAAUGGUGAAAUUAAAAGUCUACAAAGUGAACUAGAUACACUUGCUGCUACAUUAAAACAAUUGGAGAAUCAGAAAGGUGAAGCACAGAAACGAUUGAAUGAUUUAAAAGCUCAGAAGGCAGAAGUAGAUAAAGAUUUGAGUGAGAUCGAGCAGAAGAUUCGCGAGGAACAAAAAAAGGUUGAUAAGUUACGUCAACAAGCAGAAGAGCAAGAAUCGGUAUUACGUACUCAAGAAGAAGAAUUAAAUUUUAAACGACAAGAAUUGGAGGGUUUGCGACAAGAAGAGCAGCAAUUAGAACAACAACAAAAUAAAAGCAGGGACCAAUUAAAUGAACUUACUAAAAAUUUACAAGAUACUCAGUUACAAAUUUGUCAAGCAAAAGCAAAGAUCACUCACUUACAGGAACAACAACGACAAAUGACUGAUGCAAUUGCUUUAUAUGAUUCUGCACUUGCAGCAGGAGAUGCCACUCUUGUACCUGAUACUAGUCUGCAGUAUAAUCCUGAAAUUGAAAACUUAGAAUAUGAAAAGACAAAUGAGGAUGAUAAGAUUCAAAACAAGAAAAAUGUUUCAUUCUCUAAUGCAAAUGGAACAACAUUAGAUGGAUUUGAACAAGAUCCUUUUGCAGAAGCAUUUAAUGCUUCAACACCAGAUCCAUUUGGAAGUGCAUUUUCAUCCCCAAGUACUACUGGAGGUUUUACAUCUGACCCAUUUAGUGUAUUUGAUGAUAACAAUAUUAUAAAACAAGAUCCAUUUGAUCCAUUUGGAGAUGGAAAAAGAACCGAUACUAAAACUACUACUACAACAGCGACGACAAAAGAUCCCUUUGGAGAUGAUCCAUUUGCAAACCUUCAUGCACCACCUCGCCCAGAAAGUCCUAGUCCCGCUCUUCCUCCUAAAAAAGCAAAACAACCACCACCAAGACCAGCACCCCCACGACCGACCCAAGGACCUACCGGCCCUUUACGAGCAGCACCAGCACCACCUACACCUUCCCCUACUCCUGAUCCCUUUGCAAAUGCUUUCUCUGCUCAACAAGGAAUUAUGGAUAACAAUAACAGCAAUAAUUUUAAUACGUCUACUGGAUUUGCAGAUUUUGCAAAUUUUGAUUCUAAGCCGGAACCAAUACUGAAUCGAAUGGCACCACCCAGACCAACCAACAGAACACAUGCAGUAUCAACAGUAACUCCGAAGCUACCGGACUUCACAGAAGAUCCCUUCAGAGACUAUCGAUAUGAAGACCCUUUUAACAUACCAGAUCCUUUUGCAGACGAAACAGAAGAUCUUAAUGCAAAUAAAAGUGAAACAACAGUAGGAGGCAAUGUGGAUCCAUUUAGUUAUGGGACAACUUCUGUACUUUCUCGUAAAAAUUCAUUCACAAAAAGCUUUGAAACUGAUUUUUCAAAUACCUUUUCUCUGGCUAAGAACAAAAUUGAUAAGGAUAAUGCUAAAUUUGAUGCUGAUUUUGUGAAAGUAUUCUCUGACGACAACAGAAAUAUAAAAGCCAUUGAGUCUGAUGCAUUUUCAAAUAUCAAAAUAAAAACAAUCGAUAUCGAUGAAGCAUUUUCCACAAAAAAUGAAAAGUCUGGUAGAAGAUACGGACAAGAUUUAACACACAAUAGAUCUAAAACUAGCUUUAACGAUAAGAAAUCGAAAAACGAGAUUGGAAAAAUUUGGAACGGUAACAACACGCCUUUAACGUUAAGCGAAGAAGAACAAUUUGUUUGGGCUUCUCAACAAAGUCUAAAAUUCGAGGAAGAAAGGCGCAGGCGUGAACAGCAAGAAGAUGAGGAAUUAGCAUUGGCUCUUGAAUUAAGUAAGCAAGAAAAAUCUGGAGAAUUAUAAACUUUGUCUGUAAAGCACUUUCUCUUUGAUUUAUUUGAUUGAAUUGAAACAUAUGUAUGUUUUCGAG